AUGGUAUUAGAGUCUUCUCGUGGUUGUCUUCGUUUCAUAGAGUCAUCUGUGUUAUUUGUCAUCGGCAAAGAACUAUGGGGUCAUAUAGAUGGAAGCGAUCAUACUCCUACUAAUGCAGCAAAGCUAGGUGAAUGGAAGAUUAAAGAUGCUCUGGUGAUGACAUGGAUUCUAGGGUCAAUUGAACCUCUUAUUGUUCUUAAUCUCAGGCCAUGCAAGAUAGCUAAGUCCAUGUGGGAUUUUUACAACCAAGAUAAUACUGCAAGAUGCUUUCAGUUAGAGUAUGAAAUUGCUAAUUACUCUCAAGGAGGUCUUUCAGUUACGGAUUAUUUUUCUAGAUUUCAGAACUUAUGGGCUGAAUUUACAAAUAUUGUCUAUGCCAAAAUACCUAUUGAAUCUCUAUCAGUGAUUCAGGAAGUUCAUGAACAAAGCAAGCGAGACCAAUUUUUGAUGAAAUUACGCUCCGACUUUGAGAGUGUUUGCUUUAACUUGAUGAAUCGUGGCCCGUCUCCCUCUUUGGAUGUUUGCUUUAGGGAAUUACUUCAUGAAGAGCAAUGUCUUGUCACACAAAUUCUUUCAAGAAAGAAAAUGAUGUCAUUGUUGCAUUUGCUGCUCAAGGUAAAGGAAAGGGCACGGAUAUGA